AUCCCUCUUCCACAAUAAGUCAGAAGUCAAAUUUCCCUUGCUUUCCUCGAAGUUUUCAGUCUUCGUUUACUAGGUCUCUAAAUUCUUGCAAAACAUAUUCUAUUCGAGUAUAGUCUUUUCUCCUAUAUAUAUACCCCAUGCUUUGAAAGUAGCACAUGAUGUUAUAUAUUACAUCAAUGGCCUUAUAAUAAGCUCAUAUUUAGCUCAAACCUCUCAUACAUAAAUUCAGUACUUUCUCGUGAAUUACUAAAUUAGAAAGCAAGAUUCCUUCAUAAAGAAUAACAAGUAGCGGAUCAAAAUAAGUUUGUGUCUAUUCACAGGUGUAUGGUUUCAGAAUUUCUUGUGAAGUUGCUCUAAGUUUGGCAAAGAAUCAUUAAAAAGAAAUGGCAGCCAAGGGUGGACGCUCCCUCGAAGAAACGCCAACGUGGGCUGUGGCUGUUGUCUGCUUUCUUCUUGUAGCAAUUUCAAUUAUCAUCGAGUAUAUCAUUCACCUAAUUGGAAAGUGGUUGACAAAGAGAAACAAGAAAGCUCUACAUGAGGCACUUGAAAAGGUUAAAUCAGAGCUGAUGCUACUAGGCGUCAUAUCUUUACUGCUGACAGUAGGACAAGGACCCAUAUCAGAGAUCUGUGUAUCAAAGGCUAUAGGAAAUACUUGGCAUCCAUGUGACAAGAAACAGGAGAAGAGCAGAUACAAAGAUGAUACCAAGGAUGAUGGCCAUAGAAGGCUUCUCGCUUAUCUGGAUUCCGGUGAUACUCAUGGACGUGUUCUGGCUGCCGCGGGAUAUGACAAAUGUGCUGACAAGGGACAAGUUCCAUUGGUCUCCUCGGAUGGCAUCCACCAAUUGCACAUUUUCAUCUUUGUGUUAGCUGUUUUUCACGUCCUAGCCUGUCUGAUCACUAUAACUUUAGGCAGGGCCAAGAUGAGGAAAUGGAAGGCAUGGGAAAUGGAAACCAGGACAGCUGAGUAUCAAUAUAGCCAUGAUCCAGAGAGAUUCAGACUUGCACGGGAUACCUCAUUCGGAAGAAGACAUUUGAGCUCCUGGAAUCAAUCUCCCAUCCUUCUUUCAGUGGUAUGUUUCUUUCGACAAUUUAUCAGAUCAGUUCCAAAAGUGGAUUACUUAACUUUACGUCAUGGGUUCAUCAAUGCACAUUUAGCACCAAAUAGUCAAGCUAACUUCAAUUUCCAGAAGUACAUUAAAAGGUCGCUUGAAGAAGAUUUCAAAGUUGUUGUAGGUAUAAGUCCACCAAUCUGGUUCUUUGCAGUGUUGUUCCUUCUGUUUAACACCCAUGGCUGGCAUUCCUACCUGUGGCUACCCUUUACCCCACUGAUUAUAAUCUUGGUGGUAGGAACAAAACUUCAGUUUAUAAUCACCGAGAUGGGUUUAAGGAUUCAAGAAAGAGGUGAUGUGGUGAAGGGGAUCCCAGUAGUUCAACCAGGCGAUGACCUCUUCUGGUUCAACCGCCCCCGAGUCCUACUUUACCUCAUCCAAUUUGUUCUUUUUCAGAAUGCAUUUCAGCUAGCUUUCUUUGCUUGGGCUUGGUACGAAUUUGGAAUGCGCUCUUGCUUCCACAACAAAACAGAAGAUCUGGUAAUCCGGAUAUCAAUGGGGGUAAUGGUGCAAAUACUCUGCAGUUAUGUUAUUCUCCCCAUUUACGCGUUAGUAACACAGAUGGGAUCAAACAUGAAGCCAACAAUAUUCAAUGAAAAAGUGGCCAAGGCACUACGUACCUGGCACCAGACUGCAAGGAAGCAACUAAAGCAAAAUCAGAACCCGGGAUCUAUUACACCAUUGUCAAGUAGGCCAGGCACUCCACUUCAUGCAUCCUCCCCUGUUCAUCUGUUGCGUUACUACAAAAGUGAUCUUGAAAGUGCGAAUGCCACUCCAAGGCAUUCAAGUUAUAGAACCGAUCAACCAUGGAAAGUAGAAGGAUCCGUCUUGAGUCCACGUUAUCAAGAGGAUGUACCAUGGUCUAACCGUGGUAGAACUCGUGACCUGGCAGAAGAAGAGAAAGAGACUCAAGAGUCAAAUUCACACCGUACAGGCCCUCAACCUCAUUCUUUACAUCUCAAUAUUGACGUCGUCCAAUUGGCAGAUUUUUCCUUUGAUAAAAACUCGAGUGUUUAAAUCUCUAAGUAAUAGGGAAUGCAUCAAGUUAGCAUUUGCGCAUCCUAAAAUGUCACAAUGUUUUUUGUGGUAGCAAUUGUAGAGGCUGUGGCAACUUCUUUUGACAGUCUAGGUAAUUUCUUACUAUGAUGAUGGAUUCCUCGUGCAUAAUGGCAUCACAAAAAUCAAUCAAAAUUUUUUGAGCUUCAA